GCAAGUAUAAGGACAAGUGUUAAAGAAGCUUUUGAUAAUUUUUAACUUAUCUUUUUCAAAAAGUAUCUUAAUCGAUAGCAACUAAGUUCGAUUACAAUGGUGAAAAUAUUAUUCUUAAUCGCUUGUGUUUGCCUAAUGCUUGAUAAUCCAGCAUUCUCAACUAAUAUUGAAUGUGAAUAUGAAAUAAGCCAUGCAUGGUACUAUUACAUAGGCAGAAUUUAUCAGUGCAAUAUAAAAGAUGGAGGCAUAAAUAUUAAAACCCGUGAACAGGCAAGAAUAACAUCAGUUAAUGGAACCCAUGAGGAUCAGAAUAACAACAAAGAUGUGGUUGGUUUAAGAGCAAACUAUAGAUACUCUAUAAAGUACUUCCCAAAAGGUUUAGAAGAAUUUUUUGGUCAACUUCAAGUCAUUUUUAUUUAUUACUGUGAAUUGAAGGAGAUUCAUCAAUCAGAUCUUAAACCAUUCCCAGAACUUACUUCCUUCAGCUCCGCUCAUAAUCAUAUUGAAGUCAUAGAACAAGGUCUUUUUGACUAUAACCCCAAAUUAUCAUUUGUUGAGUUCCAGGAACGAAAUCUAAUUCACAUUGAUGCUAAUGUUUUUGAUCAUUUAGAUGAUCUUGGCUACUUUUGGAUGAAAGUCGUUCCAUGUGUUCAAAAGGAUAUUUGGGACUCUCAAGAAGACGUUUUGGAUGUUAUAAAAAUUGUCAAAAAUCAGUGUGUCAGUUCCAAAUAUUUGGAACUGGAGAAGGAAGUUAAAAAGCUUGAAAAUGAGUCAAAAACUUUGGAUUCAACGGCUUUCAAGACAAAUUUACAAGCAUUUGUUGGAAAAUACAGCACUUCAGUGUUUUUAGGCUUCCGCCCUUUAAAGAGUAAAUAUGAAACUCUUAAAUCCGGACAUUAAAUAAUGAACUUUACAAAAUAAACUUUGAUGACGAUUCUUG